UUUACUUCUCUCUUCUGCCUCACUCUUCAAAUAUUUUCUUCUGCGCUGUCUCCUUCUGUCUGUUUGACUCUUCAGCCUCUGCUAUGAUGCGUUAUUAAUUAUUAAUUCUUCCUUUUCCAUUCCCACAUUCUUCUCUUUUUCGUUCAUUUCUCAAAAAAAAAAAGAAAAAAAGCUAUUUUGUUUCUGGGUUUUUUUUUUUGGCUGUGAAUUGAAGAUCAUACAGGAAUGGGAUUUUGACCGAGUUGUAAAUAACACAAGGGGAUUGUUUAUAAUUUUGGAGUUAGGAUCUUGUUAUGAUGAUGGAAACACCCACUCCCAUCUCUGGUCCUCCCUCACCAUCGCCUUCACCUUCUUCUUCUGUUGCUAGCACUACUAGAGGUGAUGCCAUUGAUUCUUCGAGAAGCUAUGGCAUUCAACUUCCAUCGCUAAACUCGAUCCAAUCACCCUUAUCCCUCCUACUGGAAUACUCUGGCAUUUUUUCCAAUCCCACCAUUAAUCAACCUCGUGGGGAUUUAGUCAACACUGAUUUACAACCUCCCGCUAGUCCUACAUCUGGUGCUGGGGAAGUUUCUAUUCAAAUCGUUGGGCCUGCCAGAGGCGAAGAAGUCAAUGCCCAAACCCCCAUGCCCCUCCAUGGAGUGGAGGAAGACGAUCCCCUUACCAGUAGAAGUACCAGUAACGAGGAAAGGAGUUCGAAUUCCUCUUACCAUUACGAUGUGCAGCGCAUUGCCAGGUGGUUUGAGCAUGUUCUUCCAUUUUCCUUGCUUUUGCUGCUUGUCUUCAUUCGUCAGCAUUUAAAAGGUUUCAUUGUCAUGAUAUGGGUUACGAUUGUUAUGUUCAAGUCAAAUGUUAUCCUUCAAAAGCAGACAGCAAUGAAGGGAGAGAGAAAGAAUGCAGUUUUAAUCACGUAUUCUGUACUUUUUAUGCUUCAUGUGAUUGGUGUUUAUUGGUGGUAUCAGAACAAUGAUAUUUUAUAUCCAUUGGUCAUGCUUCCUCCAAAGACAAUACCACCUUUCUGGCACGCAAUUUUCAUCAUUCUGAUCAAUGAUACAGUGGUGCGGCAGGCAGUGAUGGCAUUUAAGUGUGUACUACUCAUCUAUUAUAAAAACGGCAGAAGGCAUGACUUCCGCCGACAGGGUAAAGUGCUAACCCUGGUUGAAUAUACACUCCUAUUGUACCGAGCAUUGUUACCAACACCUGUUUGGUACCGGUUCUUCUUAAACAAAGACUAUGGAAGCCUUUUCUCUUCAUUGACUACAGGGCUGUAUUUAACGUUCAAGCUCACAUCUGUUAUUGAAAAGGUUCAAUCCUUCUAUGCUGCCCUAAAAGCAUUGUCGCAGAAGGAAGUUCAUUAUGGGUCGUAUGCCACAUUAGAACAGGUAAAUGAAGCAGGAGACCUCUGUGCCAUAUGCCAGGAGAAGAUGCAAGCACCAAUUUUGUUGCGCUGUAAACACAUAUUCUGUGAGGAUUGUGUCUCUGAAUGGUUUGAGAGAGAAAGGACUUGCCCACUGUGUAGAGCUGUGGUUAAAGCUGCAGAUCUACGAUCCUUUGGGGAUGGAUCAACGAGUUUGCUUUUCCAGUUGUUUUAAAAUUCAGAUUUUAGUUCCAUGUCAUAGCCUUAUCUUUUUGAGCUGUGCUCUCCUUCAGGUUUUGUCUUGUCUUUUAGAUUGGUAUACAGUGAGUGAAUUAUCUCGUCCUAGAUUGCUCAUAAUGGUUAUAGUAUAAGCCAGAUAGUAGAAACAGAUUAGCCGUAUGUGCAAUUCAUCCGUUCUGAGGUUAAUUGAAGCUGAGCUUUCGAAUGGAAGGGAGGAUUCUGACGUUGUAUUACAUUACUUUCUUAAAUUUAUCAUACUUGCCUUAUAAAUAAAAAAGGCAUAACAUUAUAUUUCAAUCAUGAAUGUAUAACUUCUUUGAACUCUCUCUCUCUCUUUCUCUCUCCGAAGUAAUGAGUUUUAUGCAUCUGAAUCAAGUGAACUAGGUCUCAGUUUAAGUUGGGCUGCUUUAGUAUAAAUAGAGAUCUUACUAUUAUCAAAAUGUUUAAUGCAUGAAUACUGUGGCUGUGCAUGCAUGAUUAAUUAUUGAAUUUACCAUUUCUGGUUCAGGCUUGUAUAGUGAUAUGACUCUCCGUUUUCUUCAUUAGCAGUUUGAUUUGAAUUUCAUGCUUAAGUACCCAUUUUCUUCCAUAAUCAACACGAGCAUUUUAAUCUGGUGCAGUUAUUUUCUGCCUUGUGGUCUUUGUUUAUUUAUGCAUAAAAUUUGCAUAGAGAAAGCAGUUGGUGAAAGAACAGAAUUAUUAUCGGGAUUUUAGUUUGGAUCGUAGUCAUGCAUCAAUGGUUUGUGGUCCCGUAAAAUUCCAAGUGUUCCCCCUAGUGGAGUGUUGCCAGUUGUUGGAAUAAAUUGCACAACUGGUGAAUUUCAUUAGACAUAUUGGUCUGGCAAACAAAAAAGGGUCAUAGUCUUGUAUGUGCAUGUUCUAAAUGUUGGUACUCAGGCCGACAUAUUCAUUCCCGGUUGCUCAACUCUCGACUCUCAACCAUAACAUUCACCAAUCAUAUUUUGCAUUCUUAUUCUUUACACGUAUACAUCUUGUUUGUUUUCACAUGUACAAUCCAAUGGAGAGUGAGAUUUUUACUGUUUUGUGUACCUUGACUGCUUCAUUAUCUUCUGUUUUUUCUUUUCUUGAAGACUGAGAUUUUUUUCCAAAAGCAUUUGAUCUGUUUCAUCCCGCAAAGCACAAACAUUAAUCGCAGCAGAAACAAUCACCAUCACUGGCUAAAACUCUUUUAAUGCUUGUGGAUUUUUGCGGUUGCAGUGGUUCCUUCUCUCCAUUUAUCAAAACCUAGCACAAUUGAGAUUUGAGAUAGGAAAAGAAGAGUAUUUCCCUGUUAACCGAAGGGAUCAUCAUUGUACAUGGAUAUACAAGAUAGUGACGUUUUAUUCAGUCCGUAUCUGUUUUCCCAUGGCCGGUUGUCCCACUUUCCUCCCUCAGCUAGCUCCAUCUCCUACCAUUCCACAAUAAGCCGCGGGCCCAGUGAUGAAUGGCUAAAGUUGGAGGAGUCAGGAUGAGUAUUGAUCAAUAUAUGGGCAUAUAAAUGUCAAGAAUUUUAUAGCAAAGGGAAUGGAUGCUUGAUAGCUGAUUAUUGAUUAAUUGCCUCUCGAGUCUCGACCAUAUAUAACAAUAAAAUAGAAAAUUCACACAUGAAUUUCCGAUUGAGUUCCACCUUAAUCAAGGCUGUUUCAAGGACCCAAUUGCAGGAUUUGCACAGGUUGAUGCCUUGCCUUAGAAAAGUUCCUUUUAGCAUCAAUGGGGGUGAUGAGUGAUGAUGAUGGCAAAUAAGACUAGCUAGAGUGGUCUCCACUAGGGCACUCUCUGUGAUG